AUGGAAAGAGAGAUUGGUGUCACGUUGUGUCUGAUGCUGCUUCUCUGUUGCAAAGGCGAUGCAGUCAUACAAACCACUUGCCCGGCCCGGUGCCACUGUUUCACCCCUACGCAAGUCCUUUGCUCUGAUGAACGCAUGACGUCUUUACCAAAGGUUGUUUUCACGCAGGUCAAGGAGUUCAUCGUCAUGACGACCAGCCUUGCAUUCCUGUUCCCCAACACCUCGCAGGAGAGCCCCCAAAUCACCAAGCUUGUCUUCUUCAAUAACGUACUGCGGGAUAUACACGCAAUGGCUUUUGAGAAACUUACUCAGCUGAAGGAGCUGGAAAUAAGUGGAAACCCGUGGCUGAGACGAUUAUUUCCUGGAACCUUCUCACAACAGGGCAACCUCACCAAACUCAUUCUCAACUUCAACAAGUUUGAGACCAUUCCUCCAGGCAUGUUUGACUCCCUGGCAGAGCUGGAAACUCUGCAGAUGAAGGGCAACAUCAUCUCACAGCUGCCCAUGUUUCUCUUCCAGAGCCUCCAGAAUCUACGCGUAUUGGACUUGUCCCAAAAUAUGCUGGAGAGACUGGAAGGAGGGUGCCUCUCUGGCCUUGCUAAGUUAGAGACCCUCAAAGUUAACUACAACCUCAUCAGCAACAUUUCCUCUGACACAUUCCUCAAUGUUACCCAGCUGAAGGAGCUUAACUUGGAGGGAAAUAAGAUAUUAGACCUCCCUCACAAGCUCUUCUCCAUGCUAACCCAGUUGGAGGUGCUGAACCUCCGUGGGAACUUGCUUUCAAGCUUCAGUGCUCAGCUGUUUGGAGUUGUUCCCUCCAGUCUGAAGGAGCUGACACUGAAGGGCAACAGGCUGAAGGUGUUGUCCUCUCACUCUCUCGGUGGACUGGACUCUCUCACCUUCCUCUCCUUGUCCUCGAAUCAGCUCUCUGAGCUUCCUGAGGACGUUUUUAGGAAUCUCACAGAACUGGAGAGUUUGGAUCUUUCUGACAACUGGCUCACCUCACUUCCGGAGACCAUCUUCCAGGACCUUUUUAAUCUCAAAGCACUCCACCUCAACAGGAACAACAUCAGCAAGGUGAGCACCAAGCUGUUCAAGGACCAGUUACUCCUUCAAUGCCUUUACCUUUCAGACAACCAGUUCCAGAACCUCCCCCUGGGUCUGUUUCACCCCUUCCUCCUUCAUGGCAUUGUUAGACUACAUGGAAACCCCUGGCAGUGUGACUGUCACAUGCGGUACCUGCAUGACUGGGUGCUGAAUAACAGUGUGAAAGUAGAAGAGCUUGACAAGGUGUUCUGCAAGGGCCCCAGUUAUUUUAGUGGACAGACAUUCACCUCUGUUGACAGGGAGCAGCUGGUGUGUCAUAUAUCAAAUGAGUGGCUGCAGGAUCUCAGCAAAUGUUCUCUAAAAGCUGCUGAUGACACCAUGAUCAUCCAUUGCAAAGUGAAUAGAUGUUUUCCACUGAAAGUGAAGGUGCAGUUCCAGGAUGAUGGUGGUGGUAUAUGUGAGAAUUUAGAGAAAAAGGAGUGGCCGGAGCACCUACAAUGGGUCAAUAAGAGCUCAACUCCCACCAGAUAGCUUUCCCCUGAGAUUUGUUCGUCGUGUGGAUUUCCAAGUGUAUCAUUGUUCUGUGAAAAAAAAUUUUGCUUCUGCUUUGGUUGUGCUUUCGGGGUCUCUGUUCUUAUUAA